GCCCUCGAUGGCUUGACACCUCUAGUCUGCUGCGAUUUCACUUUUACAUAUUUAAAAACAGCAGCGUUCCAGUACUCGUUGCCUCGCUCGGUUGCUGUUCAAUGGACAUUAUCGCUUUGUUGGCCAAAUCGACUGAUAACUGCUAUUCCAUGACGAUGGCACUGAUAUGCCGGUGCCGGUGAUACCGCAAACCCGACAAACAGUUACGGCCAUUGCCAGACAGAAAAAAAAGAACAUUACACAUCAGUAAGCAAAGCAGGAAAAGACUACUACUACUACCGAUUGGCCAAGAGAAGCAUGGAUCUGCUGCACCGUGCCUUGAUCACCGCCCUCGGGGCCCUCUCCCUCGUCUAUGCCCUGGUGAAAAUCAGCUUGGGCUACUGGAAGCGACGCGGCAUUCUGCACGAGAAGCCAAAGUUAUUUUGGGGCAACAUCAAGGGCGUUGUGGGUGGCAAGAGACAUAUGCAGGACGCCCUACAAUUCAUCUACACAGAGUACAAAGGAAGAGCGCCCUUUGUUGGCUUCUUUGCCUGCAUUAAGCCAUUCGUUUUGGUGCUGGACCUGAAGCUAGUGCGCCACAUUCUUGUCACACACGCGGGACACUUCACCACGCGAGGUCUCUACAGCAAUGACAGCUCGGAGCCGCUCUCGGGCAACCUUCUGCAGCUGGAUGGACACAAAUGGCGGGCGCUCCAUGCUCAAUCCUUGGGAGUGUUCAGCCCAGCCAACAUCAACAAGCUGCUGCCCAGGCUUGUGCAGAUCUCCAGGGGUUUCCAGAGUUGUCUGGGAAAGGAUCGUCUGCAGACCCUUAACAUCAACGAGCUGGUGGACAGCUACAACGUGGAUGUAGUGGCUUCGAUGGCCUUUGGACUGUCAGUCGAUCAUACGGAUUUCCGUCGGUUUACCCAGAGCUACUGGGACAACUUCAGUCUGUGGCGUGCCUAUCUGGCAUUGGAGUUUCCUCUCCUCGCUCGACUGCUCAAAUACAAGAGCUACGCCAAGGCGGCCACAGGGUACUUUCAAAAGGUGGUGCUCAGCCAGCUGCAGGAACAGCGCAAGAGGGAUCGCCAACCGCUGCAGACCUUCCUGCAGUUAUACUCAAACAUGGACCAGCCGCUGGAUGAUGUCCAGAUUGCAGCACAGGCCUUUGGCUUCGUCCUGGCCGGUCUGGUUCCCCUCAAUGCUACCCUUAGCUUUUGUCUUUACGAAUUGGCGCGGCAACCGGAGCUGCAGGAUCGAGUCAGAGCAGAGAUUCGCAAGACCCUGGAACAACGCAGCGGACAACUGACAGCGGAAGGCCUGAAGGAGCUACUGUAUACGAAGCAAGUUCUAAAUGAGACUCUUCGCCUGCACACACCUUAUCCCUUCCUGUUGCGCCGCGCCACCAAGGAGUUUGAGCUGCCCGGCUCGGUGUUUGUCAUAGCACGGGGCAACAAUGUUCUCAUACCCACGGCAGCCAUCCACCGGGAUUCUGCCAUCUACGAGGAACCCUUGCGAUUUGAUCCGAAUCGCUUUGACGCGGAGGCCAAGCUAGCCCGACCGGAAAUGUCCUUUCUGCCCUAUGGGGAUGGAUUGCGCGGCUGCAUAGCCGCCCAGUUCGUGGAGCAGGAGCUGCUGGUGGGACUGGUGGCCCUCCUGCAGAACCACAGAUACUCGCCCUGCGCGAAGACAGUGAUUCCCCUGGAGUAUGACAAUAGCAGGCUGGUGUUAACGCCAAAAACGGACAUUCAUCUGAGUGUGGAGCGGGUGGACAACUAAGGGCAGGACUAGCCCUUUGCGUAUCAACUAUUUUGUAUUGUUUUCCUCUGUAUUGUUUUGUACAAAGUUUUUAUUUGUUUUUUAUAUUUUUUUAUUUGCACUUAGCUUGUUAGUAUCUUUAAGCUGUGGUCUUGUGUGAUAAUGCAGACGAUGAUUUUAUUUAUAUUUACUGCACCAAGAUCAAAAACCUGAACAAAUAAAUGUAAAAAUUGCGAAAGA